AUGGCCACCGCGCUGUGCAUCCAGGAGCGGUACCAGGGGCUGGUGCCCUCCCUGCAGCUGGAGAUCUAUGCGGACCGCUACACGCCCCGCACCACCAGCGACGUGGCCGUUGGCCUCUGGCAGCCCUACCUGAGCGACCGCGGCAACCCGGAGGAGAUGCUCUGGAAUAAAGAGACAUUCGAUCACCUCCUUGGGCAACUGGGCUUGCCGGAGGCGAAGGAAAUGGGACUUUUCCUAAUUUCUGGCUACAACCUGUUCAAGCAGCCGGUGCCGGACCCAUCUUGGAAGAACAUUGUCCUGGGAUUCAGGACCUUGACACCAGAAGAGCUUGAGCUCUUCCCUGGUUACAGCUACGGCUGGUUCCACACGGCGCUGCUGCUGGAGUGCCGGAGCUAUCUGCCCUGGCUGACUGCGAGGUUAAUGCAGAGAGGAGUGAAGUUUUUCCAUAAGAAGGUUGAAUCUUUCCAGGAGGUGAGUGGCGAUGGUGUGGAUGUUGUGAUCAACUGCACCGGGGUGCGUGCGGGGGAGCUGCAGCCCGACCCCGAGCUCCAGCCUGGCCGUGGACAGGUCAUAAGGGUCCUGGCCCCAUGGGUGAAGCAUUUCAUCAUCACUCACGACAUGGAAUCUGGUCUCUACAACUCGCCGUAUGUCAUCCCGGGGAACGAGUUCACCGUCUUGGGAGGGAUCAAUCAGCACGGCAACUGGAGCGAAGAGAACAGCGCCCAGGAUCACAAAACCAUCUGGGAGAGCUGCUGCCAGCUGCUGCCUGCGCUCCAGAACGCAGAGAUCGUACUGGAGUGGAGUGGCUUGAGACCGGCGCGGCCCCGGGUCCGCUUGGAGCGGGAGACCCUCCGCCACGGGCACUUCCAGGGAGAGGUGAUCCACAACUAUGGCCAUGGUGGGUUCGGGAUCACCUCCCACUGGGGCUGUGCCAUGGCAGCAGCUGGAAUCCUGGAAACGGCUUCCUUACGCAUUUCCUCGCUGCGCAUCCAGAGUCUGAACCUGCCUGCCUGCGUAGUGGCAGAUUUCUGA